UUCUCUUAAGUUCUCUAUAUUGAACUCGAAUCUUAAUUUUUGUUUUAAUUUAAUUCUUAAACUUUAAUUUGCUGAUUUUCAAUAAAUCAUUAUAUUUUUCCAAAAACUACAAAUUAAUUUUGACCAGAGAAACAAGUUAAAUGUAUAUGAUGGACAUGGAGUAUUAAUUUAAUUUACAUAGUGUAAACAACAAUAAAGGUGUUGAUAAAAAAUGAGUUGAGCAGUUGAGUUGAAGUUGAAAAUACAAAGUCCAGUAGUAAUUAAAAAAUGUCUCUCGCAGGUCGAUUAGCAUUUGUAACAGGGGCGGGUUCAGGUAUAGGUCGAGCAACAUGUAAAUUAUUUUCAAGGGAAGGAGCAUCGGUAGUUGUAGCAGAUAAAGUUCCUAAAACUGUGGAAGAAACUUUGAAUAUUAUAAACCAGAUUGGACAAAAUCAACAUUUGGGGGUAGAACUAGAUGUCAGCAGUUCUGAUAGCGUAGGAAAUGCAUUGAAGAAGACAUUGGAGAAAUAUUCGAAACCUCCCACAGUUAUUGUUAAUUGCGCAGGUAUUACUAGAGAUAAUUUUCUUCUAAAGAUGUCAGAGAAAGACUUUGAGGAAGUUCUGGAUAUUAAUUUGAAGGGAACUUUUCUUGUGAUGAAAGCCUUCGCCAAUUCAAUAGUAGAACAUGGACUCAAAAAUGCUUCCAUAGUAAACAUUUCCAGCAUCGUAGGCAAAUAUGGAAAUAUAGGUCAAGCCAAUUACACCGCAAGUAAAGCUGGAGUAGAAUUGUUAUCAAAGACAGCCUCAAAAGAAUUUGGCCAGUUCGGUAUUAGGGUUAAUACAAUUUUUCCUGGGAUGAUUAAAACAAGGAUGAUUGAGACUGUGCCAGAUAAGGUUCAGGAUCGUUUUAGAGCAAUGAUUCCUAUGAGUAGAUUUGGAGAACCAGAGGAAAUUGCUGAAGUUAUAACAUUCCUAGCAACAGACAAGAGCUCGUAUGUAACAGGAGCAUCUAUUCAUGUUACAGGAGGAUUUUAAACAAAAAAUUGUAAAUAUUUAUAUAAUUUUUAAUAAAAAAAAACAAAAAAGCA